CUUUUAUUCCUUGACCUCGGGUAAGAGCAAGAAGACCGUCAACCUUGAAGUGUGUAGCUGUGUGUAGCAGUAUUUGUUUGUAAUAAGUAUUUUGCUGUGCGUGUGCAGUAGAGUAUACUGUGAGAUUUUAGUGCAAGAGGAAUGAGUGGGCGAGGUGAAGUACUACUCGGUUUUGCAUUAAUUUGAAUCAAUAAAAGUGUGUUUCAACUGAUACAAUGCACAUAGCCGUUUCCAAAACUGUGUCAGUUCUGUGCCUCCUCCUUGUGCCCUUCUGUUAUGGAGAAAACAGUGAAAGUAAAUCACAUGAAGAUGUACGACAGGAAAGAACCUUCAAAUCUUCGCAUUCCUCUGGAAACUUGUUAAGCAGAUCUAGUUCCCAUUCUGUCUUCAGUGAUUCAGACUCAUACACAGCUGGACUAGAAGCAGCUAUUGGUGAAAGCUGCAGUGAUGAUGAUGCUGCUUGUCUGACUCAGGCCUCGGAGGAUCGUGUGGGUCUAGAGGCCAUACGUUCUUUGCAUAGGCAGUUGGAUGAUGAUGCAAAUGGGAAUGUAGAUCUCUCUGAAUCAGAUGAGUUUUUGAGAGAAGAAUUGAACUAUGCAGAGGGUCAUGAACGGAGGCAACAAGCAUUCCAUCGCAAUAAUGACAAGCAUAUCUCCGUGAAGGAAUUAUGGGAAGCCUGGAUUCGCUCUGAAGUUCAUAACUGGACUGCAGAACAAACUGCUGAGUGGUUAGCAACAAAUGUUGAGUUACCACAGUACAUUCCAACAUUUAUCGUGAACAGAGUUACAGGAGCAACUCUGCCAAGACUAGCAGCUAAUAACAUGCAUUACUUAAGCAAUGUUCUGGGAAUUAAAGAUCCCAUUCACAAACAGAAAAUUGCACUAAAAGCUAUGGAUGUUGUACUGUUUGGCCCACCGAAAGAUUACAGCCAUGGAACAAAGGACAUCAUCCUCAUAACUCUCUUACUUGGAGCACUUAUUGGAUGUUAUUAUGCGUAUCAUCAAAAUAAGAACUCUAAGAAACAUCUAAGACGCAUGAUGAAAGACAUGGAGAGUCUCCAUAAGGCAGAACUUGCAUUGGAUAAAUUGCAGAAAGAGCUUGAGCAAGCUAGGUUUGAACGGGCUUGUGUGACGACAGAGAAGCAGAAUCUGGAAAAACAACUACUAGAACAAGGUUGUGAUAAUCCUGAGAUGCGGACAUCUUAUUCUGAUCUUGAGGUUUCACAACUGAAAGCUGAAAUUGAGAUGUUGCGCAGAGAGCUUCAGAGAGCAGAAGGUGAAUUAGAAGAUCGUUGUUGGUCACCUCCGGUAGGAUUGCAGCAGUGGCUACAACUUACUCAUGAAAUAGAAAAUAAGGCUUAUAUUAAAAAAAAGCUUUCAGCAGAGAAGCAACUUCAGCAAGCAAGAGAAGCAUGUGAGAAGCUUAGAAAGAAAAGAUCAAGUUUGGUGGGAGCUUUUGUAUCAACUCAUGGGAAGUCUAUAGAUGAUGUUGAUAGAAGCAUUGUGGAAGCAAGGACUGCCUUAAAUGAAGUUACACAGGAGCUGAAAGAACGUGUCCACCGUUGGAAGCAAAUUGAGCUGCUAUGUGGUUUUAAUAUUAUCAAUAAUAGUGGUCUCCAGUACCUGGAAAAUGUUUUAUAUAGAGGAACAGCAAAUGGAAAAGGAGGAUCCAGUGGUGGGCUAAGGGGUCGCAUGGGUAGCAGCCACGAUGAUUUGGAUGAUGACUCUAGUUCCUUGUACUCUCCAUCUGCGGGUAUCGUAGACAACAUGCAGUGGAAGGAAACAGGAGACUCAUCUGGCAGUGAGGCAGGAAAACAAGAACAGGAUGAUGAUUUCCAGGCUGAUUCUAGGAGUUUAGCUGGCAAUGUACAUUUUACCAUAGGCACUGACAGUUGGCCGGAAGAACAUACAAGUCGAAGUAAAUCAAGGUCCUCAAUGAUACGAUCUUACAGCCAGGAUACCAAUGUGCUCAUUGGUGACAGAGAGGGUUCAGUUGGUGCCAUUUCACAGUCAGAAACAUGCCUUGACUCAUCAGGAGCACACAGAAAGAUAGUUACUUCAACAAAGAGGCAGUCAAGAGAUCAGUUUGGAUCCUAUAGAGAAUAUAAUCCUCAGGACAGUUAUAAAGACGUUUCGUCACAAGAAAGUGUGAAUAGAGACCAGAUAACAUCAAGGGAGAACACUACACGGGAAAAUACAAAAGAGCCGACGCCAUCCUUAGAUGAUGAAACCUACUCUACAGACUCAAAUUCUACACCUGAGGAUGACAAUCGUCGGAGAAAGCGCAAACCAUUUUUUUUCUCUACUCGUAAGCCGAAGAGCAGAAUGACUUGAAGAUAUUUAACAAAAAAAAAAACAAUUUUAUGUUGUUAAUUAUAAAGAAACAUGAAAAGGAAGACAGACUCAGUUCAUAUUUGGGAACUGUGUCCAUGUUUCUUGAGUUAGAGGAUAUAGGAGAACAUAAUCCUCUCAGUUGUACCAGCGUUGAACUUUUUGAGCUCUGGCUGUUUAUGAGAGGUAAAAGAUGUGUGCUUUAAUUAUUUAUGGUGCUGAACCUAUAACACUUAUACUGGAAACUGGUUUUUCAGGUAUAUUCUAUUUAAUUUCCUAUCUGACAAAACCUAAAUUUCCUCCUGGCUGCACAAAUAAUUUAGUAAUCUUACAAGGUAUAUGUGAUAUGUUAAACUGCAGAUUUUCAUUUCUUAAUUUGUCUUCCUCAUUUUUGUUGUAACUAUGUGAUUUUAAUCACUCAGGUGGGAUGAUAGUUAGUACUUAGGUUGAAAUUUUGCUGUCACCGAUAUAUCAGCAGCCAAUUAUCAUAAAUAUUUCUAAAUACCAGUAAAAGCAAUAUAGGCUUUAUAUAAUUUUGGUCGUGGCUGAGCAAUAAUGUUAAUGCAGGUGUUUCUAUCUAUGUUUAUUUAAAUAAUAUUGUUUGCUAUUUUUAUUAAUUUAGACAUUUAUUUUAAAUCAGAUAAUUCAUCAGAACUCAUAUGCACAUAUUUAUUGCCAGUGAAAUAUUGAUUUUUUUUUUUUUCCUAGUUCAUUCUCAGUUUAAGGUAUCUCUUAUUUAUUUUCUUUUUAGAAUGCACUCUGAAGCAUAGGGGUCUGUAAAUAUGGUAAAUGAAAUGAAAAUUCAUGUGAACUCAUAUUGAAAAUAGUUUUUGAUGAGCCACAUAUGAAUACUGAUGAAAGUUUAUUUUACUUUUAAAACUAUGGCAGCAUAUUCAGAAGGAGCCAAAAAAUUCUGAUAAUUGUUGAAACAGUAUUAGAUUUUCAUUUUGUACUUACUUUUUUACAAAACAUUUUUUGGGCAGAGUUUUCUGAUCGGUUACUCAUUCACAGGUAUACCAUUUUACUUUUACUAUGUAAGAUGAAUGUAAGUUACACUUUGUGUAACAAGUUCUCAUUUAUGUAUUUAUUGUUAACACUCUUUCAUGGAGGAAAGAAAUCUUUCCUGUGAACUACUUAGAAGUUAGUGCUGGUAAAUGUUUACAAAAUGCUUCCGGUAUUUAACUAUUGAGAUAGGAAUGCAUUUCUUAUUCUGGAUCUGUUACAAGGAAUGUUUAUAAUCUUUAAUAUGUCUGCCAUUGACUUUUCCUUCACAUCCAUCCCCAUUCACCCUCCCAUGUCUGUCUCCCCCCCCC